AGCCAGCCCGAACAAAAUAAUUGAAUUGAGAGGGUGCCCUGCUUCUUCAAUCCUGAGGAACCGUAGGAGCUCAAAAUUCUCCGUUUAGCAAGAAACGCAGCUUGGGAGGUUGCGGGGUUGCACCAUCAGCAGACCAUUUGUUCUCCGCACUGCACAGAGGCAUUGCAUCAGUUAUCAUGGCGACCACCACCGAGGAUGUCAGGCUCGUGAGCGAGGGGGAGACGGAGACCUUUGCGUUCCAGGCGGAGAUCAAUCAGCUGCUGAGUCUGAUUAUCAACACCUUCUACAGCAACAAGGAGAUCUUCCUCAGGGAGCUGAUCAGCAAUGCUUCAGAUGCAUUGGACAAGAUCCGCUUUGAGAGCCUCACUGACAAGUCCAAGCUGGAUGGCCAGCCCGAGCUUUUCAUCCACAUCAUUCCUGACAAGGCGGCGAACACUUUGACCAUUGUGGACAGUGGCAUUGGCAUGACCAAGGCCGACUUGGUCAACAACCUGGGGACCAUUGCACGCUCCGGCACCAAGGACUUCAUGGAGGCGCUCACUCAGGGUGCCGGUGACAUCAGCAUGAUCGGCCAGUUCGGUGUCGGGUUUUACAGCGCUUACCUCGUUGCCGAGCGCGUCAUCGUGACCACCAAGCACAACGAUGAUGAGCAGUAUGUGUGGGAGUCCCAGGCUGGCGGUUCUUUCACCGUCAGGAGGGACACGAGCGGAGAGGACAUUGGUCGGGGGACCAAGAUUCAGUUGCAUCUCAAGGAGGAUCAGCUUGAGUACGUUGAGGAGAAGCGGCUGAAGGAGCUGGUGAAGAAGCACUCGGAGUUCAUCAGCUACCCCAUCUCGCUGUGGACAGAGAAGACCGUUGAUAGGGAGGUGUCGGACGAUGAGGAGGAGGAGGAGAAGAAGGACGACAAGGCUGAGGAGGGCAAGAUCGAGGAGGUGGAUGAGGACGAGGAGAAGGAGAAGAAGGAGAAGAAGAAGAAGACGGUCAAGGAGGUGACGCACGAGUGGGCGCAGGUCAACAAGCAGAAGCCCAUCUGGCUGCGCUCCCCCGACGAAAUCACCAAGGAGGAGUACGCCGCGUUCUACAAGUCCCUCUCCAACGACUGGGAAGAGCACCUCGCCGUCAAGCACUUCUCUGUCGAGGGCCAGCUGGAGUUCAAGUCGGUCCUGUUUGUGCCCAAGCGCGCGCCUUUCGACCUGUUCGACGGGAAGAAGAAGGCGAACAACAUCAAGCUGUACGUGCGGCGUGUGUUCAUCAUGGACAACUGCGAGGACCUUAUCCCCGAGUACCUGAGCUUUGUCAAGGGUGUCGUCGACAGCGAGGACCUGCCGCUCAACAUCUCGCGUGAGAUGCUGCAGCAGAACAAGAUCCUCAAGGUCAUUCGCAAGAACUUGGUGAAAAAAUGCAUGGAGAUGUUCGGCGAGAUUGCUGAGAACAAGGAGGACUACGCCAAGUUCUACGAGUCCUUCAGCAAGAACCUGAAGCUGGGCAUUCACGAGGACAGCCAGAACCGGCCCAAGCUCGCGGACCUCCUGCGCUACCACUCCACCAAGUCGGGCGGCGAGCUUACGAGCCUCAAGGACUACGUCACCCGCAUGAAGGAGGGGCAGAGCGACAUUUACUACAUCACGGGUGAGAGCCAGAAGGCGGUGGAGAACUCGCCGUUCCUGGAGCGCCUCAAGAAGAAGGGCCUCGAGGUCAUCUUCAUGACGGACGCCAUCGACGAGUACGCGGUGCAGCAGCUCAAGGAGUAUGACGGCAAGAAGCUCGUCUCCGCCACCAAGGAGGGCCUCAAGCUGGAGGAGUCCGACGAGGAGAAGGCCAAGAAGGAGGAGGAGAAGGCGCAGUUCGAGGGCCUGUGCAAGGUCAUCAAGGACAUCCUGGGCGACAAGGUCGAGAAGGUCGUCGUCUCGGACCGCAUCGUCGACUCGCCGUGCGUUCUCGUCACCGGGGAGUAUGGCUGGAGCGCCAACAUGGAGCGCAUCAUGAAGGCGCAGGCGCUCAAGGACAACGCAAUGAGCGGCUACAUGAGCAGCAAGAAGACGAUGGAGAUCAACCCGAGCAACGCCAUUGUGCAGGAGCUGAGGCAGCGGUCGGAAGCUGACAAGAGCGACAAGACCGUCAAGGAUCUGGUGCUCCUCCUCUUCGAGACCUCUCUGCUGACUUCUGGCUUCAGCUUGGACGAGCCCAACACCUUCGGAAACCGCAUCCAUCGGAUGAUCAAGCUGGGCCUGAGCAUCGACGAGGAUGCCGCCGCCGAGGAGGACGAUAGCGAUCUACCCCCCCUCGAAGACGCUGCAGCUGAGGAGGGCAGCCGCAUGGAGGAGGUCGACUAAUUGAUGACUGAAGCUGUUUGGGGACAGUUCUGAGCUGUCGGAAAUGUCGGGAAACGAGUCUGCAUUUGAGAUGCUAGUCGCGCUUUGCUGGAGUAGGGCUUUGACGGGUUGGCACUGCUUAUGGCUCACGGAGUACCUGAGUUGAGGACAGCCUUGUUGAAGAUUGCUUGAUGCGCACAUAUGUGAGCGAAUGGGAAUUUAGUACUGUCGUCAGGUAUGCUUGUUGCGACAGAAUAACGACUGUCAGUUGCAAUGCUUUUCAUUGAGCUCAUGAUGUUUGAAAUUCAGGAAUGGUACUGCGCUUGCUGAGCUCGUCAUGACUGGGCGUAUGUCUUCACACAAUACUAACUUGUCC